ACCGGGCAGCUCUGGGUUUUGCACUUUUUUGCAUUGCUGACUGACUACUACACGUAUAGGACUCUCUGCUUGGUUGUUUAAUUUUAUCUUGUUAAUUAAUUGUUAAUUUAAGUAGUUAAUUGGAGUGACCUUCUAGUCAUGGCGACAUCUCGAACCGUGGCCUUAAUCAGGGUCCAGGGCCUCGUGAUAAGUUCUACAAUAAACGUUUUGAAGCGAACUUUCCCUCUCGUGGCGAUAAGUUACGAUCAUUAUGAAAAGCGGGACUUGCACCUUCAAAGUUAUAACCACACACAAGAUAAAGGUGUUGGAGGUCUCGUGUCAUCAUAUGUACGUGAUUGGCAACAGCGAUCCGCGAUUCAUUCCUCGGGCGGAUUACGACAAAAGGGAAAAAACUACUAUGAGGUGCUGGGGGUGGGGAAAAAGGCCACAGUAAAAGAAAUUAAACAAGCCUAUUAUCUCUUGGCGAAAAAAUACCAUCCCGACACUAGCAAGGGGGACACUGAAAAGAAAAUGUUCUUGGAUGUAUCAGAAGCGUACGAGGUACUGAGUGACGAUAAUAGACGAAAAGAAUACGAUGAAUGGGGCCAAACUUCGCAAGAUAUUCGGCGAAAUGAGUACUAUGCGAAGGGAAAUGCUGAGGGGGAUCCAAAUUUUGGGAAAAAGACGUGGCAUUAUAAUACCAAUGUUGAUCCUGAAGAACUAUUUCGUCGUAUAUUUGGCGAGGCAAUGGACGAACAUAAUCCAUUCGAUCAGCCUCUAGAGUUUGCUAGGUCGUUCUAUGGAUAUGGUGCUGCUGAGGAGAUUGUUAUGGGCCUUCAAUUUGAGGAAGCUGCGUUGGGAGGUCACAAAGAGGCAAUUUUCAAUGUCGUCGAACGUUGUCCAAAAUGUGCUGGGACUCGGUGCGAACUUGGGACAAAACCUGUAACUUGUGCUACGUGUGAUGGAACUGGGAUGGAAACAAUUUCCAAGGGGCCUUUCAUAAUGAGGAACACUUGUAGCGAAUGCAACGGUGCAAAAGAGGUUAUGCAUCACCCUUGCGGCGAAUGUGAAGGCGAAGGAAAGAUGGUGCUAAGAAAAAAAUUUCCAGUUCCGAUUCCUGCAGGUGUCAACGAUGGCGAUGCUAUUCGAGUGGAUGUGGGACUGAAAGAAAUCACUGUCAACUUUCGAGUCGCAAAGUCUGAUUACUUUCGGAAAGAUACGGUUGAUAUCCAUACGGACGCCAUUAUCUCAAUUAGUCAAGCAAUUUUAGGUGGCGAAACAACUAUUAAGGGUCUUUAUGAAAAUAUAAUAAUCGAGAUAGCACCGGGAACUUCGUCACACACGGUUCUCAAGCUGAAUGGAAGAGGAAUAAAACUUCCAGGUGGAUCUGGAUAUGGAGACCAUUAUGUCCAUUUUCGUGUGCAUGUUCCGACAGGAUUAUCAAAAACUGAAAAGGACGUACUAGUCGCAUUUGCUGCCAGCUUGGACGAAGAGUUUGUGGGGACAGUGGCAGGAGUAACUGCAAGUGAUGGUACUUCAACGCACACUUCAGAUAAAAAAAGCAGUCCCAUUGUGUCCCCACCCAAGGAUAGUCAGAAGAGCAAUGGAUUUUUAGGGAAAAUAAAAAAAGUGUUAUUUAAUAGAUGAUGAAAUGCUGUCUUACAAGUUAUCUUUUUAUAGCUAAUUUCAAAUUUAGAUCAUACAUAUGUGACCACUUUACUCAUGUGUUACUAGUCGUUAUUUGUUGAAAUAGUACUAGUUUAAAUAUUAAUUGUUCUUCUGUAAUCUAAAUCACUCGUGUCUUGGGGUUUAUUCUUUCAGAGGAAAUUGCCAUAUGGCGGAAAGAAAGAAAAAUCAAGGAGAUUCACGAUAAAGCCAUUGCUCUUCAUGACGAACCCCUCAAACUGUCAGCGACCUGGAAAAAAAUCGCAACCACAAAGAAUAUUCAUAUCGAGUGGGACUGCACUGCGAAAAAGAAGCGUCCAAAAAAGCCAAAGAAUUGAUGUAAUUAUUAUUCAUUAUCUAAAUAAAAAUAUGACUAAUAAAAUGUUA